GUACGUUUCUCUGACAUUCUAUCCGUUUCCGCCACCCUGAAGUGUCGCGUUGCCAACCCGGCAACACGUCCCCAUGUCAAGUGUGCAGGUGUGUCCCACUGUUCUCGGCGCGCGGUAUCUGGGACGAAGCUUGCUGACAGACACUCUCUCAUCUGCUGUUAUGUAUCCAUGAUCCGGGGCUCUUGCUGCCAGAAACUUCAAGCAUUGAAAGUGGAACCAAGAGAGACUCCAGACUCGAGAUCUCAUGUCGGACGUUGGGGGCGCAAUAGUCGUGCG